AUGGUGAUCAGUGGAAAUGCGGGGAUGGGAAAAUCUGUCAUCGCAGCUGUGAUUUGCAAGAGAAUGCAAGAGGCUGGCAGGCUGUCAGGAAGCCACUUUUGUCAGUAUAACAAUGUACGCUACUGUAAGCCUCAGCUGAUGAUUCAGUCACUUGCCUGUCACUUGUCCCAUGCCUUGCCAGAAUACAAGCAAGCUCUUGUGGAACAGCUAUCGAGAAAUCUUGGCACAGAUCUCAACCACAUGGGUGUUGAGGAGUUGUUUGCACUGCUUUUCAAGGAACCUCUAAGUACCUUAGGUGAUCCAGGAAGAGACAUGCUCAUGGUGAUAGAUGGUUUGGAUGAAAGCGAAUACCGAGGACGGAAUGAGCUUCUUGAUGUGAUUGCAAAUCAGUUUUGUAAGCUCCCUAUUUGGAUUCGUUUUGUCGUAACAACGCGUCAAGCCUUAAACAUUACAGACAAACUAAAGCACUUGAAGCCGCUUGAACUGAAGUCUAAUGCUGAAGAGAAUCUAGAAGAUGUCAGGGUAUUUUGUCUUAAACGGCUGGAACACAUAGUCAAAACAGCGAAUGUGGCCGAGUUUGUGGAAAGACUAGUUUUGAAAUCUGAAGGACUGAUGUUGUACGCCCAUUUUCUUAUAUUGUCGAUUACUGAAAAUGCAUCAAUUGUCCAAGAGGGAAACCUUGUUGACAGUUUACCAUCAGGAAUUUCUUCAGUGUAUCAUUCCUAUUUCAAACGUUUGGAACGUGAACUCUUGAAGGAACUCGACGUAAAUGAAGAGCAUUUUCUGAAUCUGUUAUCUACCAUGACCGCUUCAAGAGAGCCCCUGCCAGUUGGUUUUGUGUCCAAAGUGUUAAUGCCAAGUAUAAAUUCACCACUCACAAGGCGUAAAGUACUAUGAGCCUUGACUAGUGUGUCGUCACUUCUUCCUGUCCGUGACGAUUGUCUUCAUGUCAUUCACAAGUCAGUCAAAGAUUGGUUAACAGACAUUUCAUGUUAUGUGGAACAUGAAUUCAUCAUGGAUGAAAAUGAGGGACACCGUAUAUUAGCAGCCCUAUGUACUGACGAACUUGAUAUUUUGAAACGGAAAAGUGUACAUAACAUACAAUUUAGCGCCACUGAGAGGUACGCGCUGUCUCAUGGAGCACAUCACAUGCUACACAAAGGCGUCAAGAGAGAGCCACAUAAGCUGGACGAACUGAUAAAGGCCUACAUUAUUGAUGUAGACAUAGUUUAUGCCAAGACCUGCUUUAACAGCACAACAGCGGCUGAAGAUCUUCUGUGGCUUAAAAAGCAGGAGAUUUUUACGUUGUUAUCAAAUGAUAACCAAAGUGUUGUGGACACCUUGUUGUUUCUUUUGAGAAGGAACCUCCGUUUGCUUAUGGAUACCCCUCGUACGUUUCUUCAAACCAUACUUAACCAAGGAGGAAAAGUGUUGACUGUUGAGGCGUCAAAUCUUUUGCGAAAUAAGUAUCCUGAAAUAGCAUAUUUGGAAGAUGUUCACAACGAGACGCAGCAGGGGGGUGUUGUAGCCCGAUUUGAAUGUUUAUCUGUUGUGGUCUGUUUGGACGUCUCUCCGCAGUUGGAUUAUAUGGUGUGCGAAUGUGAAGAUGGGAUGCUUCGGCUGUGGUCACUCCAGACUGGCAGGUAG